UUGCGGACGGAAGAUUCACUGUUUGGAACCAAUAAGUACCUCUAAUAUUGGUAUUGCAGUAAUUUCUGAAGCAUUUCUCGCAGCCUGUAGGUUCUAACGUCCAAACUGAGGCUUUAACGAUUUGCUGACUGAGGGACUAUUUUUAGGGCGCGUAGGAAUACUUUCUGCGAACGCUGCGUAUGUCGUCGUCGUAGCAGCUCGGCCAUCUUGCUUGCUUUCUGAGAACAUAGUAGCUGUGACAGAAACUAAGGCCACCGAAGUUUCUGCUUCAGCUACGUUACGCCUACCACCUACCGGUCCUACAGAAUAUUUAUUAGUCAGUCAAACUAAACAAACAUGAACCGAGACAGAGAUAGGGGUAGUUCAAGAGAUGGACGCCGAGGAGGGGCAGGAGGUGGUGGACGAGACUUUGGCAGAUCUGGCGGAGGAAGCAGAUUCGGUGGGGGUGGUGGAUUUGGAGGAGGCGGAUUUGGCGGAGGUGGAUUUGGAGGUGGUGGCGGCUUUGGAAGCAGCCUGAAGGGAAAACAGCCUGGAGAACGCCUCCGUAAACCUCGAUGGGAUAUGAGCACUCUUCAGCCAUUCAGGAAGGACUUCUAUGUUCCACAUCCCAAUGUUGCCAACAGGACACCACAGGAAGUCGCUGCAUAUCGAUCCAGUGUUGAAAUAACUGUAAAGGGGACCACUGCUCCAAAUCCAAUUAUGUAUUUUGAAGAAGUCAAUUUUCCUGACUAUGUAACUGCUGAGAUAAGGAAACAAGGAUUUUCUCAACCAACACCAAUUCAAGCCCAAGGAUGGCCGAUUGCCAUGAGCGGCAGAGACAUGGUUGGCAUUGCCCAAACUGGUUCUGGCAAAACUUUAGCUUACAUUUUGCCAGCUGUAGUUCACAUCAACUUUCAACCCAGGAUAGUGCGUAAUGAUGGUCCAAUAGCUUUAGUUCUUGCUCCUACCCGAGAAUUGGCCCAACAGAUUCAGCAAGUGGCAACAGAUUUUGGCUCCUCUACUUAUGUUCGCAACACAUGUGUGUUUGGAGGCGCGCCCAAGGGAGGUCAAGCUCGUGAUUUGGAAAGAGGAGUUGAAAUUGUGAUUGCUACUCCUGGGCGGUUAAUCGACUUCCUGGAACGAGGCACCACAAAUCUACGGCGGUGUACCUAUCUUGUGUUGGAUGAAGCUGAUCGAAUGUUAGACAUGGGCUUUGAGCCUCAAAUUCGCAAGAUUAUUGAGCAAAUCAGACCUGACCGUCAAGUUCUCAUGUGGUCUGCUACUUGGCCCAAAGAAGUUCGCAACCUUGCUGAAGAGUUCUUGACAGAUUAUAUCCAGAUCAAUGUUGGCUCUCUUCAACUGUCUGCAAACCAUAAUAUUCUUCAAAUAGUUGAUGUUUGUCAAGAAUAUGAAAAGGAGGGCAAGCUGCUUAAACUUCUUCAAGAAAUUGCUGCUGAAGCAGAAAACAAAACCAUGAUUUUUGUUGAAACCAAGCGCAAAGUUGAUGAAAUUACUCGUGCAUUGUCUAGAUAUGGAUGGCAUGCUAUGGCCAUUCAUGGAGACAAAUCACAACAAGAGAGAGAUUAUGUACUAAAUGAAUUCAGAAAUGGCAAGAUCAAUAUUUUGGUGGCAACUGAUGUAGCAGCUCGAGGGUUAGAUGUUGAUGAUGUUAAGUUUGUCAUCAACUAUGACUAUCCUUCCUCAUCGGAAGACUACGUCCAUCGCAUUGGGCGUACUGGUCGGUCACGUCAGACAGGAACUGCCUACGCCUUCUUCACACCCCAAAAUGGAAACAAAGCCAAUGACCUGAUCAGUGUACUCCAGGAAGCAAAGCAGGUGGUCAAUCCCAAGCUGUAUGAGCUGAGUGAAAUGUCCAGAUCUGGUGCCUUCGGUCGAAGCCGCAGCAGGUACGGCGGCGGUGGUGGCGGCGGCGGCCGCUCUGGCGGUGGCUUCCGCGGAGGACGCGACGACCGUGGUCCUCGCGGCAUGGGAGGCGGUCGCAGCGGCGGCCUUGGGGGCGGCGGUGGCCUUGGCGGUGGCCUCGGCGGUGGCCUCGGUGGCGGCCUGGGCGGCGGCAGCCGCGGCAGCAGCUUCGGCGGUUCGAGGGACGACCGUGGCUCCAGGGGCUCUCGUUGGGGCAGCGACCAAGGAGGCGCUGGAUACUCCGCCAAAGCUGGCGCGGGGGCUGGCGCUGCGGCUCGACCAGGCUUCGGCGCUCCUCCACCUCUCCUGGCCGGUGCCACCGGUGCUGCGGCGAGCGGGGCUGGGUACGCAGCCAUGCCCCCCGGCCCGCCUCCCGCCGCAACCAACACCAUGGCCAGCAACGCCAUGGCCUACGCCUAUGCCAACCAAAUGAACGGCUUCGCAGCCUACACGCAGCCGCCUCCACCUCUACCUAAGUAGACGUAGACACCUCUGAUUUUGAUCUCAAAAGUAUUUCAUUGAAUAUUUUACGUUCUAUGACAACUAUGUGGUAGUAGUUGACUACAUUCCCAUAAUUGAACUAAAAUCUUGUGUGAAUCUAAUUAUUAAAUUGACAUCUUCGUGUAUAAUGCUUGUCAUGUUUUAAAUUUUGUUUUCUUUUUUUUCCCUUUAAUUUUUAUUAUUUUUAUCUUACUUACAUAGUUGGUGUUUUAAAUGUAUGUGCAAAUAGUAUAGAUUUUAUGUUUAUGAGUAUAUUGCACUAAGAAGUUGUGUUAUAUACCAAACAAGCAGUAUUUAUGAGACAAAAAGAAAAUUAAUGAAACAAUGUGUUUCAUAGAAUUGGCUGUCAUGAUCUACUGCUUUCUUCAUUAUCAAAUGCGCAUGUACAGAUCCUAUUGUUUAUGUGAUAUUCUUUUCUUCAUUUCUUGAUGUGCUUUUGGUCCAAAGUAAUUGAUGUGGUUAAGGUGCUGGCUGCACUUUUGUUCUGUGUACUCAAGGUCUCCAACAGCCUUACUUCAUUUUUUUUUCUCUCUGCAAAACUUAAAUUGUACUUGGUUGGAAAUAAAGAUCUAUCCAACCUUGA